AUGGUUAUCGAUCUGCCAGCACUUCAGAUUUAUCCUUUGAACUGGUCGUUAAACGCUCAAGUUCUUAUAUUGCUUUUUGAGUAUUAUAGACCCGCGCGCGGUGAAGUUACAAAAUGGAGUUUUUGAGUUUCGAUUCUAGGGACAAAUCAUUGACCCUAAAGAAAGGAGAUAUUCCUGUCCCAGCGAAUAAUGAAGUUUUGGUCAAAGUUGCUUACGCUGGUAUUUGCGGAACCGAUUUACACAUCAUUGCCGGCAAUUUUCCCUGCAAGGACGACGGCCCCGUGACACUGGGACAUGAAUUUUCCGGAGUUGUGCAAUCGAUCGGUUCGGAAAUAACAACUUUUGCCGUAGGGCAGAAGGUCGUCAUUGAUCCGAACAGUGGAUGCGACAAUUGCAAUUAUUGUCAUGGGGGUAAUUACCACUUCUGUCAACGCAGCGGUCACAAAGUUAUCGGUAUAAGACGCGAUGGAGGCUGGGCCACGCACGUCGUCGUUCCAGAAUCGCAGGUUCACCCAGUUCCGGAUGAAAUCGAACUCUCUCACGCGGCCCUUGUCGAGCCGAUAUCCUGCCUGGUGCAUGGCUGGGAUUUGGUGAAUCCGAUAAAUAUAGGAUCAAAAAUAUUGAUUAUCGGCGCUGGAAUAAUCGGCUUCCUUUGGUCAUGCGUUCUCCACCUUCAAGGUCACCGUAAAGCGGUCACUCUAAGCGUACGAAGACCCAAGAGAAGACAACUGUUCGAAGAUCUGAAGCUUGGCUACGAAGCUGUCAGUCCGGCCGAAUUGAAAGGUCGCGAAUUUGAUCUGGCGAUAGACUGCAGCGGUUCGGCUCAGGCUAUGGAGGACGCCGUUCCGAUGUUAGCGCGAGGCGGUCGUCUCUGUAUAUUCGGAGUCGCUAAUCCUGACGAUAGAAUCAGAGUCAAUCCAUUCGAUAUAUUCAAGAAGGAACUUACAAUCGUCGGCGUCAACGUUAAUCCGUUUACUUUCCCUAAAGCAUUGUCUUUGGUGGCAGCGUUGUCCGACGCCUACCUUGAUUACGGAAAACUGGGAAUCGGCGUUUACAAAUUGUCACAGUACAAAGAUGCUCUAGCCGAUUUGAAAAAUGGAGAAAUUACCAAGGCGGUAUUCAAAUUUUGACUCGAAUUUCGAUUACACCAUAGAUAUAUUGAACUACAGUCAUCUGAUACCUGUAUGUCGGUAUUUACCUUUCUGGAAGUAAUAUUACUGCAGAAUAUACUUAACGUUGCAAACGUAAUUAUUCUGAACGCGUAUACAUAUAUGUGUUUGCUCUACGUGCGAUGAGAACAAAAAACAUAAAACGAUCUUAUUGAUCACAUAAGUUAGCUCUCUGUAAAGAUGACUGAAUGAACCUGCCUCAAUUUUUUUUUUUUUUUUUACCAAUUGUAAGAAAGUAUUCGGAAAGCCAUCUAAGUUUGUAAUAAAAUACGAUAGAUGUAAUUCAUAUCGCUAUUUUUUUUCCUAGUAUGGUUGCUCUAGGACAGCAUUUAAUAAUAACGUAUAGCAUAAAAUUUAAUGUAUUAAAUAAAACUAAUGUAACUGCUGCUCGA